ACAUCAAAAGUCUUGUUAUAUCUUACUUGGUAGUUUGUUUGUAUGAUCCAAUUUCACAUUUUCUUCUUUCUAGUAGUGUGUUGAUCCCCUUUUAAUUCCAAAUUCAAUCUUAACUACUACUUUAUUUACUUUCCCAAAUUCUAUAUCUAUCUAUCUAUCUAUCUAUCUAUCUAUCUAUCUAUAUCAAUCAUACACAAGUCCAUGGCUGACGAUGCCGAUCCUUCACCUCUAGUUGCGCCAUCUGUCAUCACUGAACCGACUGAGAUCGAUUUAGAAGCUGGUCCCGGUGAACAAAUUCAGUGCCGUAUCUGUCUCGAAACUGAUGGCAGAGAUUUUAUUGCACCCUGUAAGUGUAAAGGGACAUCAAAGUACGUUCACCGGGAGUGCCUUGAUCAUUGGCGAGCUGUGAGGGAAGGAUUUGCAUUUGCUCAUUGCACAACCUGCAAGGCUCCCUAUCAUUUGAGAGUUCAUGCUGUUGCUGAUAGGAAAUGGAGAACCAUGAAGUUCCGUUUCUUUGUGACCAGAGACAUUCUGUUUAUCUUUCUCUCUGUACAGAUUGUGAUUUCUUUCUUGGCAUAUUUGGUUUACUUAAUUGAUGGAUAUCAAAAGUUUUGGCUUCGUCUUGCUUGGGGUUUUGAUAGUGAAACUAGUUUCUACUACAUAUGUGGCGCACUAUUAUUUUUUGCCCUACUUGGUCUAUCUGGAUGCUUUAUAACGUGUUACGAUCGGAGAGUCCGUAAUGAUCUUGCUCAGCCUUGUCGAGAAUUGUGUCUUUGCUGCUGUCAACCCGGUGUUUGUGCAGACUGCCAUCUACCUGGUACUCUUUGUAUGUGGACUGACUGUACCACUUGCUUUGAAAGUUGUGCCAGUGCAACUGGUGAAUGUGGUUGUUUAGGAGGUGCAGGUGAAGCUGGCUUACCAUUAAUAUUUAUAAUGGCUUUAGUCGUUCUUGGACUUUUUACUGUCAUCGGCAUAUUCUACAGUGUGCUGGUGGCUACAAUGGUUGGCCAAAGGAUUUGGCAACGGCACUAUCACAUAUUAGCUAAAAGAAUGCUAACCAAAGAAUACGUGGUCGAGGAUGUUGAUGGUGAGACAUCCGGAUCUGAUUGGUCUCCACCAACUCUCCCACCCGAGCAUAUUCAGCAACUCAAGACUCUUGGCCUCUUAUAACUAAGCAUGCUGUAAAUAAAAUGAAGAUGUAGGUGCUUGGGUUAUUAGCCUGGACACCCAAUUGAUUAACUGGAUUAUAGUGGGCCUAAUUACAUGUAAUGUUUUUCAUUUUUGAAUUUUCGUUUUCUUGUCAGAGUUGUCAAAUGUAGCACGACAUAUAGCAGCUUCAAAUGCAUGAGUUACAUGUCAUUAUAGCAGUAUCGGGUUGUGACUUGUGAGCGAUGGAAUCUAUAUGUUAUGUCUUGGAUUGUCAGCCGACAUGGUGACAUUGAAGUUUGGUAAAUGUCGUUGAGUACAGUUAUUUUCUUUGGAA